AUGCGUUCGGCGGAGAUAUCAGUCAGCUCACAAGUCCUCAGCGAGUUCAACACUCGCGAGGCUAGCGAGCUCCAUGAGGCCAUGAACGAGCUCGGCGCCUGCGGCGUCGGCCGGAUCGUCAACCUGCCCCAGAUCAUUGUCGUCGGAGGGCAGUCGUCCGGCAAGUCUUCCGUCCUCGAGGCUCUAUGCCGCAUCCGCUUCCCCAUCAAGGACGGCCUCUGCACACGGUUUGCGACCGAGCUGGUGCUUCGGCCGUCGCUGGAAGGCAGAGUCAGGGCCACGGUUCUACCGGCGGACAAGAACAAACCGCCGCAGCAUUUCCAGACAAGCGGGUUCAGGGAGGAGGAUCUGCCUAGUAUUAUUCAGGAUUCACAAGGGUACAUGGAACUCUCCGGGACCGGAUUCUCCAAAGAUGUUCUCCGUCUUGAGAUUGAAGGACCCAAUCUUUAUCCUCUGACGUUGAUCGACCUGCCUGGUCUUUUUGAGAACGUUGCAGAAUCACAGACGCUGAGCGACAAAGAAACUGUCAAUGCCAUUGUGUCCGAGUACAUGAAGCAGCAACACAGUAUUAUCCUCGCCGUCAUCACAGCCGAUCUUGAUCUCUCAAGACACGGCGCUCUCGACCGAGUCAGGGCAGUUGACCCUGAUGGCUCGAGAACCAUUGGCGUGAUUACGAAGCCAGACCUUGCUCUUCCCGGCACGGCCAGAGAAGCGGCAUACGUGAAGUUGGCUAGCAACCUAGAAGGCGCGAACAAGCUAGAACUCGGUUGGCAUGCUGUACGGAACAGGACCGAGCUUGAGAAGGAUGUCAACGCCCGAGACGACAUCGAGGACAGGUUUUUCAAGAACCCGGAAUGGGCUUCAGUGCCAAAGCAGAAUCUUGGCAUCUCAAAUCUACGGAAGCGGUUGAGCAGAGUUUCGUACGACCACAUUCGAAAGAAUCUACCUCGAGUCAUCCGCGACAUCGAAAGCAACAUGGUGGAACGGGAGAGUGAGCUCGCCCAAUUAGGGAACCCUAGGUCAAACUUGGACGAGAUGAGAGCGUAUCUCAUUAAAAUUGCCAGCGAAUUUCAGCGUCUUACCCGCGAUGGGAUCCAAGGCCGAUACGAGGAUGCUUUCUUCGGUGGUCUGAGGGAUGGAGACCUAAAGUUCCGGGCUUUGCUCAGAAAUUUCAAUCGCGCGUUUGACCAUGUUCUGAAUACGAAGGGAUCUACGAUAAACAUCGUUCCUUCAUCUUCUUUAUCUAACAAAGCAGCAACGGAGGAGCCAGCGUCUGAGAGCUUAAAAUUGUUCCUGAGGAAGUACCCCUACAGAUUCCCUGAUCCUGUCAUCAGAAAAGAGUCUGAGGUUUUGAGAGAGCUACAACAGCAAGCCUCAAUGAACCAAGGAACAGAAUUCCCCGGACAGCCCAACAAAGACCUUGCGAUCCGUUUGUUUCAGGAGCAAGCGAAGCCUUGGGAACCGAUCGCUCAAUUUCAUGUUGACCGCGUCACUCUUGUUGCAAAAGCAUUCGUUGAUGCGGUCUUCACACAUCUUGCUGGGCCACCUGACUCCAACCGAACGACCGAAAUUAUCCUGUCCACUUGUGUUGAUCCAUUCUUCCAUGCAAAAGAGAAGAUUCUGAAAUCUAAGCUUCAGGAGCUUUUGAAGCCGUACGCCAACGGGUACUCGGUUGCACUCGACGCAGAGUUUCACUCGGCCUUUUCUUUCAAGGCUAAUGAGAGAACGACUAACCGGAUUUACAACCUACUGAAAGACAAAAGUGCCGGAGAGAAGCUCAGUAGAGCAAUGAUAUCGGCUGCUGUAUCGGAUGACAACGACACCAGAGAUGGCGAGUAUGGUGCGCAGACUGUCAUCGACAUGAUGCGAGCGUACUACGAGACCGCGCGACGAACGUUUGCAGUCAACGUGAUCAACCUCGCUAUUGAAAGCUGCUUGAUUGCAGACAUGCCUUCUAUUCUCACGCCCACCGAGGUUUCCAUCAUGCCUGAGCAUCGACUCAAAGAGCUUACCUCAGAAUCUGAGGAUGUGCAGGACCGCAGGAGGCACUUAAAAGAGGAUGUGGAUGUCCUUAGAAGAGGACUGGCUAUCUGCCAAAAGUAUCAGCCCAGAGGCGUGACAGCCUUCCCAUCCCACCCUCAGCCCAGAGUUCCGCUCACCCUGAAUCUUCAGCAACCAGGCGCAGAACCAAAUGGCGAUCAAGCGUCCCAGGCACCACCGUCAUCUUCAAGCUUUUACAGUCCCAGAUCCAUUGAUGUUUCGAUGGCAACGUCUCCCUCGCCUGUGAACACUCCAGCCCCGGCAAAACCGUCCAGGUAUAUGUUUGGAGGACCAUCUGUCUUUGGGGGGUUCGGAGGAUAG